GGGGCCCUGGCCUGACCGGUCUCCCCUCGCUGCCCCAGAUCUCCCCAGCUGCACCCGCGGCCAUGGCAUCUCUGGACCAGGCCAUCGGGGCCUUGGUGUGUGUCUUCCACAAGUACUCGGGGAAGGAAGGGGACAAGAACACGCUGAGCAAGGGCGAGCUGAAGGAGCUGAUCCAGAAGGAGCUGAGCAUUGGGCCGAAGCUGAAGGAGGCGGAAAUCCAGAAGCUCAUGGCGGAUCUGGACCGGAACAAGGACCAGGAAGUCAACUUCCAGGAGUACGUCACGUUCCUGGCAGCAGUGGCCAUGGUUUACCACGAUGCUUUCGCAGGGUGUAAGAAGUAGCAGGGCGCAUGGGGCCGGCCCAGCAGGAACGUGCCCUGCGGGUCACUCUGUAGCCAAUAAAAUGUUUUGUAUUGUU